AUGGGUGCCAAAGUUCCACGCAAUUUUCGAUUGCUCGAGGAAUUGGAGAAAGGCGAGAAGGGACUAGGAGCCGAGGCCUGCUCAUAUGGUCUCGAUGAAGGAGACGAUCUUUCUCUGACCAACUGGAACGGCACAAUCCUUGGACCUCCACAUAGUAACCAUGAGAACCGAAUCUACUCACUCAGGAUCCACUGUGGAUCAGAGUACCCCGACAAGCCCCCGGAGGUGACUUUCAUCAGCAAAGUGAAUAUUCCCUGUGUCGAUCAAAGGAAUGGCAAGGUCGACUUGUCUAAGCUACCCAGCAUCAGCACAUGGAAGCGUGACUUUACCAUGGAGACCAUCCUCAUUGAAAUCCGACGAUACAUGGCAGCGCCUGCAAACAAGAAACUUCCUCAGCCGCCGGAAGGCACAGACUUCUGA